AUGUUUCAAAAAAAAGCUUCUUCAGUUUGUUUUUUUAGUAAGUAUCAUAACAAUAAAUAUGGAUAUCAUAUAUUUUUUUCAUCCAACUUUUCAAUUUAUAAAAAAGCGUUGAUACAAUAUUCUUCCAUAAAUAAUCACAACAAUUAUAAUAAUAAUAAUAAUAAUAAUAAUAAUAAUUAUAAUAAUAAUACAAGGUAUAGAAAAAUCAUUGUUAUUCCUUUUAAUGAUAAGGAUGUCAAAUUAGAAUAUAAAAAAAUUCCAUUCGAUAAAAACGAUUUAGACAAGAAAAGUAAAAAGGAGUUAUUAAAUAUUUAUAAACAUAUUCGAAAAAAAGAAGAAUUAAAUAAAUUACCACAAGAUUUUUUAGAUAAUUUAUUUGAAUGCACAAAAAAAUAUGUUGGUUGUCUUUUACCAUAUGAAUUUGUAAGUAUUUAUAAAACAUUAAAAAUUAUAAAAAGAAAUAAUAAAGAAUUAAAUUUAUUAUUACAUCAACAAAUCAAAAGAAUAUAUCAAAAUUUUGAUAUUACAAGUAUCAGUAAAUUAUUUCAAUUAUAUAAUUUUAGUAAAUCAAGACCAACUGUUCUAAUUAAAAAUUUAUCUCAAACAUUUUUAAAUAAUAUAAAUAAUGAAAAUGUAAAACCUUGGAAUAUUAGAGAAUUAAUAUCGAUAUUUUCUUAUCUUAAAAUAUAUGAUGAAAAACUUAUUGAUGAAAUAUAUAAAAAAUGCAUUCCUAUUUUUUCAAAAUAUAUUUUGAAUUAUCAACCAAAAGAUGUUACCAUCAUCUUUUAUUGUUUAGUAAAAAUGAACAAACAUAAUACCACUCUAUCUAAUGUGGUAACAAAACAUGUGAUUUUGAAUAUUGAUUCUUAUGAAUUUCACCAGACAGCUAUUGUUUUAAAUACCUUUGUAAAACUAGGUCUUAAAAAUAAUAAGCUCUGUAAAGUAAUAUGUGAUAAAAUUAAAGUAAAGUUACAGCCGCAAAAAUUCACAAAUUUAACAAAUAAUGUUAUGACAAGGGAACAUGGAAAUAAUACAUAUAUGUACCGGAGUGAAGAAAAAAAAAAAAAACUUAAUCUUUACAAUGUUGAAAAUGUAAAUGAGGAUACAAAUAAUCGCUCUUUACUUAAUGAAAAUAACAAAGAAGAAGAUGAAUUAAAUACGUUUGAUGAACUAGGUAGAGACAAUAACAAAAUUGUUGAAAUGGUUCAUAUUGAUAAAAAGAAUGUAAAAGAAAUUGUCAAGGUUGAAGAAACCAAUAUUGAAAAUAAGAAAAGUAUUAGAAAGAAGAAAUUAAUAGGAAACCAAAUAUUAGAACCAAAGGAUGUUUCUGUAAUACUAAAUUCAUUAAUAAGAUUAGAAUAUUAUGAUAAUCAAUUAUUUCAUUGUUUAACUCCAUAUAUAAUAAAUAAUGUGUCCAAAUUUUCUGCACAAUCAUUGAGCAAUAUUAUUCAUUCCUUUUCUCAAAUUCAAAUAAAUAACGAAAUAUUAUUAGACAACAUUGUUAAGGAGUGUAUUAAAAAGAUACAUAAAUUUAAAAAUAUCGAAAUGAGUAAUUUGGCUAACUCCCUUGUACGUUUAAAUAGAAAAGAUAAAAUCUUAUUUACCUAUAUUAUUGAUGAAUUUUUAUAUCGUGCAACAAUUGGUUCCAAAUUUUUAAAUUACCAAUUUGAUGUAUUAUCCCUACAACAAUUAGCUUAUUCAUUUAGUAAGGUCGGUUUGAAGGAUGACAAAAUAUAUACAGUACUUUAUAGGAUGUUAAUAAAAAAAAUAAAUGAAAGGAAUAAAAUAGUUAGAAGGAAUAAUAAAAUAAUGAACAGCAACUUGAUAGAAACGGAGAGUAACAAAAAUGGAGUUGCUAAUAAAAUUUGUAUAAAAAGAAAAAAAAAAAAUGAAAAAGAAGAAAAAGAAGAAAAAGAAGAAAAAAAAGAAGAUAAAAUAAAUGAAAAGGAUAUUAUUGAAAAGGAAGGAAUAUCAAUUAGUAAUAAAAAUGAAUUGUACAAACAUAAUAAUAAUAAUAAUAAUUGUAAUGAUAAUUUUGAUUUUUUUUCCUUGUGUACAUUUAUUAAUUCGUAUGGAAAAGUCAAUGUCGGAAAUAAAAAUUUGCAUCAUUUUAUUAGUUAUAUUAUUAGAAAGAAAAAGAAAAACAACGAAGUCUUAACAAACGAAUCAUUAAGUUUUAUGAUAUAUGGUUUAUUAAAAUUAAAUUUGAAAGAUAAAAAAAUAUAUCAGAUAUUAUUAAAGGAUUGUAUAGAAAAAGUGGAUACAUUAAAACCAUUUCAAAUGGUACUAUUAUUAUAUUCGUUAAGUAAAUUAAAAAUAUAUUCCUAUAAAUUUGUUAAGAAAUGUUUACAAAUGUUAAGUAUACAUAUUAAUAAUUUGAAUUUAUCUGAUUUGUCAUUAGUAUGUUAUUCUUUAUCAAACUUUUUAUAUAGAGAUGUCAUAUUUUUAUAUAAAGUAAAUAAAAUAAUUCUUAUAAAUAAUUAUGAAUUCAAUCCAAAGAUUAUAUCUCAACUUUUUAAUUCUUAUACCAAAUUAUGUUAUUAUCACGAGCCUUUUUAUGAUUUUAUAUUUAAGAAAAUUAUAAUGUUUAUACAUCAAUUUGAUGAAAAGGAAUUAAGCAAUUUGGUUUUUUCCUUUAUGUAUUAUUUCCAUAUGAAAAAACUUCAUUACGACAAUAUCAAAAGUGCUGAUCCACACAACAAAAAUAAACAGCACGUUGGAUCUGUUCCAGUGGAUAGUGGUGAAAAUAAAAUUGGGAAGAAUAAGUGUAAUCAUAUGAAUGAUAGUGUUAAUAAGGAUACAAAAUAUAUAAUAAUGAUGGAAAAUAAUAAUAAAAGGAAAGGAAAUGAUAAUAAAAUGGAUGAUAGUGGUGAUAUUAAUGAUAAAUAUAAUACAUAUAGUGAUAAUACAUAUAGUGAUAAUACAUAUAGUGAUAAUACAUAUAGUGAUAAUACAUAUAGAGAUAAUACAUAUAGUGAUAAUACAUAUAGAGAUAAUACAUAUAGAGAUAAUACAUAUAGAGAUAAUACAUAUAGUGAUAAUACAUAUAGAGAUAAUACAUAUAGUGAUAAUACAUAUAGAGAUAAUACAUAUAGUGAUAAUACAUAUAGAGAUAAUACAUAUAGUGAUAAUACACAUAAUUAUAAUAAUAAUUAUAUUAAUGAACAUGUUCAUCAUCGUAUCGAUCAACCCCAUGACAAAUUUAAAGACAUAGAACACAGCUCAACCAAGACACAAGAUAAUAAUCCGUAUAAUAAUUCUACAUGUAGAAAUAAAAAUAAUAUUAGCUUAGGUAGGGAAGAAUUUUAUAAAAACGAAUUAAACAUAUUUUUUAAUUUAAUAUAUAUAUUAAAUGAAAAGUAUAGAACGAAGAUAUCACUAAUAAGUAUAUAUCAAUUACAAGUCGUAGAUUUAUAUUUAAGAUCAUUUUUUUUGAAUUAUUUUUAUUUUCCUGUUUAUUUAAAAACAUUUUUUUUCAAAUGUAGAAAUGUUAAGUUACAUAUCCAAGAUUAUCUAAUUUUAUCUUCCAAAACACAUCGAAAUAUUUCUCGAUUUCUUAAUAUUGUCGGCAUAAGACAUAGAAGUGAAGUGUUGUUUGGUCCUUACCAAUUGGAUAUAGUAAUAGAUUUUAUAGAAAUGAAAAAUGGAGAUAAUAAUUAUUUAAAUAUUUUAAAACACGAAAACAAUAAUAAAGAUGAUCAAAGAAUAUGUAAUAAUUUAUCUAAUAAUAAUUCAAAUGAUUAUACUAUUAUUUAUAAAUCGAAAAGGUUAGAAAAAGAAAAAAUUAUAAACGAACAAGAUAGAAAACAUAAAGUAAUUGAAACAGUUUUAAAUAAAAAUAUUGUUAUAGAAGUUGAUGGUAUAUCUCAUUUUUAUAAAGAAAGUUUUAGUCGGACAAUUAAUUCUGUUAUUAAAGAUUAUAUUUUAAAAAAACUUGGUUGGAACGUUAUACAUAUACCUUAUCAAGAAUGGAAUCAAUGUUUUACUUUUAAAAAAAAAGUAUUAUAUGCAAUCGAAGUUUUAAAAAAUAUUUUAGAAAUAACGAAGCAGGAUAUAUCUCUCCACGAUUUUAUAAACAUAAUAAAUGCAAAUUAUAAUAACAAAAAAAAAAAAUAUUAUGAUACACCUUUAAUAUCAAACAUUUCUCAAAUGAAAGAUUCCCACAAUGAAAAUAAUAAUAAUAAUAAUAUUCAACUUACAGAAAAUAAAAUGCUAAUAUAUUCCAAAGAUAAAACUGAACAAAUAUCAACUGAACCAACCUCAAAUAAUAGGAAGGAUAAUUAUAAUAACGAUUUACCUAAAUUUUAUGUUGUGAGUGAAGAGAAUAUUUUCCUGAAUCAAAUAAAAAAUAAGAACACACGUCAACAAAAUCUUAUGAAGAAAAUGAGAGAAGACUCAAAAUUAAAAUAUGAUUAUAACAUAUUUUGUAAGAAAGCAAAUGAAGCUAAAAAGAUUAAUCAUAUCUCCGAUGAUUUGAUGAGCGAUUAUGACAACCAAGAGGACUAUAUGGGUAAGUAA